CAUGAGCAGCGCGGAGCCGCCGCUCGGGGCCGGGCCGCGGGCGCAGCCCGCCUGGAAGCGGGAGAUCCUGGAACGAAAGCGGGCCAAGCUGGCCGGGGCGGCCGGCGGCGAGCCGGAGCCCCCGGCGGGGGAGCGGCUGGUGGUGGCGGAGAGCCUGGGCCCGCUCCGCGAGAACCCCUUCAUGCGGCUGGAGAGCGAGCGACGGCGGCUACGGCAGGGGCUGCCCGAGCACGGCCCCGGGGCGGCGCGGCCGCUGCAGCAGCUGCUGGAGCUGUACAGCGCCGUGCCCGGCAUCCGCACCAUCCGCGCCGACAACAUCCUCAUCAUCGAGUCCCAGCCCGACGCCGCCGCCUGCUUCGCCGAGGGGGACGCGCUGCCCGGCCGCCGCCGGGACCCGGCCGCCGCUGCCGCCGCCUCCUCCUCCUCCUCCCCGCCGCGGCGCCCCGACCCGCUGCGGGAGCUACUGGCCCGCCGGGGCGCCGCCCUCGCCGAGAUCCGCGCUGACCAGGUCGUCAUCUACGAGGCGGCCGAGCCGCCGGAGCCGCCCGAGGCGGCCGAGCCGGGCACCGUCAGCCGCCUCCUGGAGAAGUUCGGGCAGCGGCCGCGGGGCCGCCGACGCCGCGGCGGGGAGGCGCUGACCGGGCCCGGGCCCGGCGCCGUGCCAGGCGGGGCGGCUGCUCCUCCGCAGGUGGGACCGGGCUCCCCCCGGGCCGGGCCGGCAGCGCCUCCGGCGGUGCCGGGCUCCCCCCGGGCCGGGCCGCCCCCUCCGCAGGUGGUACCCGGCUCCCCCCGGCCCUCAGCGCCCCUCCAGAGGGGACCCGGCUCCCCCCGGGCCUCGGCCCCGAAGGCGGGGCCGGCCGCCCCUCAGCCGCUGCCGGCUCCCCCUCGGGCUGCCACCCCCCCAGCCGUGCCGGCCGCCCCCCAGCCUGCUGUCCUGCAGCUGGCUCCCCCCCGGGGCCCCCCUCAGCCCGCGGCCCCUCAGCCGCUCCCGGCUCCCCCCCGGGCUGUCACCCCCCAGCCCGCGGCCCCCCAGGCAGCCCCGGCUCUCCCCCGGGCCGGCCCCCAGGCGGUCCCAGCCGCCCCCAAGGCCGCAGCCCCCCAGGCCAACUGCUUUCUCCACAAGAUCGGCUCCAACUCCUUCACCGUCACCCCCCGGGGCCUGCCCCCCGGCAGCCGGGUCCCCGAGCCCGGCACUGUCCCCGCCGGCCGUCCCGCGCCACCCAAGGGACCACCAGUGCCAUCCGCCAGCGCUUCCCAUGCCAGAGCCAACGCCAGGAGGCCAAAGCCGGAGGAGGCCGAAGCGGCCGUGUCGCCCCCGCCCAGUGCCAGUCUGGCCCCCAGUGCCACCGGCUCCACCCAGCCGCUCUCCGCCUCUGCCCCCCGGGCCGGGGGCUCCUUCGAAAUCCACCCGGCCCCCAAGCCCGACUUGGCUGCCAUCCCAGCCCACGACCUGCAGGCCCAGGCCCUGGCCAAGCUGCGCCUGAAUUCGCGCAAUUCCUUCCUCUUCGUGCCCCGCCGGGAGGGCGGCCCGGCUCUGCCCCUGGCCCAGAGCGCCAAGCCGGGGCCGCCGCCACCACCCUCAGAGGAGAAGGCACCGAAGGAGCACCCGAGGGCUUCCGCCCCGGAGCAGGAAGAGCCUGUCGCUUCCCCACCGGCGCCUCUGGAUCCGUUGGUACCUGUGACUUACAUCGAUGACAUUGUGGAGCCGGACAGCGGGGAGCUUUCUCCCAGGGCUGGCUCGGCUGCGAGGACGGGGAGCUUGGCCGAUCAGCCUGGAGGAGCUGGCCCUGACCUGGAGAUGGAGUUUUCCUCCGUGCCCCUCUACAGACCACACUCUGCCCCCCACCAGAGGGGAGGCAGCACCUUCACUGUUGUGCCCAAAAGGAAGCCCGUGGCCUCGGGGCUGCAGACUCUCGCUGAUGCCAGUGGAAGGCCGCAGCGGGAGGAAGAGGAGGAGGAGGAGGAGAGCAAAGGAAAAGGCAAAGCCGUGGAGAACGCUGAUGGGCCCCAAGUGGGGAUGUCCCAUAAAAAGCGCUACCCCACGGUGAACGAGAUCGAAGUGAUCGGGGGGUACCUGUCCCUGGAGAGGUCCUGCAUGAGCAAGACGGGCUCCCGCCGCAAGAAGAUGAAGAUCUCUUUCAAUGAGACAAGUUUGCAGACUAUGUUUGAGUACCCAUCAGAGAGCUCACUGGCAGAAGAGGAGGACGAGGAAGAAGAGGAAGGACAUGCUUCUGAAACAGAGGAGGACAAAUCUUGCACCUUUUACAUUCCACGCCCAAAUAGCACUUUGCAUCCCAAUACACCUAACUCAGCAGAUUUAUCCAGCUACACCCCAAAGCACUCUGUGAAGUUCAGCGAGUGGCAGGAGCAGAAGUAUGAGGAGAUGCCUGCCGCAGAGGGACCCCUCCUAAAGGAAGCUGAUUCCCAUGGGAACCAAGUCAUGCUCACCCCAGCAGAGAAGGGCGGACUCUCCGAUUUCAGCAGCGAGCCUGCUCUGUAUUUUUGAUCGCUUCAUCUUCUAGCCUGCAGCAGCAGCUGCUGGACAAAACGUGUCAGUGCACCUUCCGAAUGUCCAUGUAAGCACCACGGAAAUAAGCUUCUGGGUCCCUCCCUCACCACAGUUUUCGUUGGAUCCUAAUGCCAAGGGUGGACUAGAUGCUAUUGGGCAUCUUCGGAGAAUAUUUGCACUGGAUUCUGGGACCUAACUACUACUUUUAAGGCGUAUGAUUUAUUCUACCUGUGGCCUUGCAUAUUCCUUGUUCAAGAUCAGCUGCUGGUUAGGCAAGCAUCUUAAGAACAGAUCUGUAAUCCCGGGAUGGAUGUAGAUUCUCUCAGUGCUUAUCUGAGUCCACUCAUCCAGGCACUGUAUGGGGUCUGGACAGCUUUUGUAACACUUCUCCCAUCAGAGGCCCCAGUGAAGAGUGGUUCUGGAGUUGGAGCACUGGGAGUAUCUGGGCAGUUAGCUGGAUUCACAGAAGUGGUUGUGAUUUGACAGCUAGGUGCGGUGUCCAUUUGGAAAACCAUUGAAGGUUCAUGGUUUGUUCUCGGCAUGUUUCUGGGUCUAAUUGCACUGAACCAUCAUGGAAUUAAUGUGCCAGUCAUGUUCUUGUGAGGGACGCUGAACGCACUGUGUGAGGGAUGGGAAGGGGAAUAAAUGCCUUUAACUUUAGGUGUCAUUUUUGCACUGAUCUGUAAAGAAGUGUCCAGGCUGGCUUGAGCCUCCCAGACAUUGGCCAUAGCUUUGAUCUGUCCAUACCCAGCUCUGGCGUCCAGUCUCUAGUAACUGCUGAUUGUGCUUCAGUUUGCCAGUUCCUCUCGUUGCUUUGUUCCAGCACCUAACGGGGCCAGGCCCGAGAUUUAUCUGUCUUGGUUGGCGAGGAGGCUUCCUUCUAGCCAUGCUUGCUCUGCUCCUCUAAUGCAAAGCACAGGAGGGCAAUUUCACGCCUUUCUUCUGCAGAACUUGAACAAGGAAUAUGGUUUUUUUUCUAGGAUUUUUAUAGUUCUAUGGUAAUUGUUUAAUGCAGCCAAUAUGCAAAGGAAUCUGCUAGACUCUUCCAUUUUAAGUUUUCUACUACUGUAAACUCAGGGUCAAAAUUGCACUCUGGAAAAGACGGAACACUGCUGCUAAUGUGAUUUGUACUUCUGGGAUUAAAAGAGAUGCGGUUGGAAUAGA